CGCUUCGGACGCCACUUGUGGAAUUCUUCCACCGGCAGCUGUAACUUUAAACCGGCCUGAGCGAGGCCUAUUUUUACCCAGAAACCAGCGCCCAGAGUGCCUGUGGAGAAGGCUCGGAUGGAGGGCUAGCCCGCCACUUGAGGAGUCCUCACAAAGUGGUGUGGAAGGACAGGCUUGUCCCGGGAGCCUUUCGUUGAGAUCUGUCGCCCCCUUCCAGGGAGGGUCGUUCUGGUUGCUGGGGGGAUUUUGGAUAAGGGUUGCCUGAGCCUGGGGAACUAUAUCUGAAACCCAUCGCUCGGCCUCCAAGCGGUGACUCCCAGGCCGCCACGCAUGAGCCCGGGCCAAACGGUGGCCUGGCCGCCCGCCUACAGGGAUCCUUCCAGGAGCUCUUUAGGGACCGGCGUGUGGCAGUGAGGAGCAAGGAGAUGAAUGUAGCAGCCAAGUACCGCCAGGCCUCCCUGUAUGUGGGUGACCUCCAUGCAGACGUCACCGAGGACCUGCUGUUCAGGAAGUUCAGCGCUGUGGGGCCCGUGCUGUCCAUCCGCAUCUGCAGGGACCUGGUCACCCGCCGCUCUCUGGGCUAUGCCUACGUGAACUUCCUGCAGCUGGCAGAUGCUCAGAAGGCCCUGGACACCAUGAACUUUGACCUGAUAAAGGGCAAAUCCAUCCGUCUCAUGUGGUCUCAACGUGACGCCUACUUAAGGAAAUCUGGAAUUGGGAACGUGUUCAUCAAGAAUCUGGACAAAUCCAUUGAUAACAAAACCCUUUAUGAGCAUUUUUCAGCUUUUGGGAAGAUCUUAUCCUCUAAAGUGAUGAGUGAUGAUCAAGGCUCCCGGGGCUAUGCAUUUGUGCACUUUCAGAACCAGAUUGCGGCCGACAGGGCCAUCGAGGAGAUGAAUGGGGCGCUGCUUAAGGACUGCAGGCUGUUUGUUGGCAGAUUCAAAAGCCGUAAAGAUCGGGAAGCCGAGCUCCAAAACAAAGCCAAUGAAUUCACCAAUGUUUACGUCAAAAACUUCGGAGAUGACUUGGAUGAUGAGAAAUUGAAGGAAGUUUUCAGCAAAUAUGGCAAAACCCUAAGUGUUAAGGUGAUGACAGAUUCCAGUGGGAAAUCCAAAGGCUUUGGCUUUGUGAGUUUUGAUAGCCAUGAGGCUGCCAAAAAGGCUGUUGAAGAAAUGAAUGGAAAGGACAUAAACGGACAGCUGCUUUUUGUAGGCCGGGCACAAAAGAAAGCAGAGCGACAGGCUGAGUUAAAGCAAAUGUUUGAGCAGCUGAAACAGGAAAGAUUUCGUCGGUGCCAGGGGGCGAAGCUCUAUAUUAAGAACCUCGAUGAGACCAUUGAUGACGAAAAACUUCGAAGGGAAUUUUCUUCAUUUGGGUCAAUUAGCAGAGUUAAGGUAAUGCAAGAAGAAGGGCGAAGCAAAGGGUUUGGCUUGAUCUGCUUCUCCUCUCCUGAGGAGGCCACGAAAGCAUUGACUGAGAUGAAUGGCCGCAUCUUGGGCUCCAAGCCUCUCAACAUCGCCCUGGCCCAGAGGCCCUAGGAGAGGAAAACUUACUGCACCAGCCAGUGUUUGCUGCAGGUUGGGUAGGGAAUGUUAGUGAUCUCUGCCUGAAUUGUCCUCAGUAAAUUUCAGAUCCCAGCUGAUGGCUUCUUAGUUUGGUAAACAUUGUGAUCAAAGGUUUUGUAUAUAAAGCUAUUUCAUUUUCUUCCGAGGAAAAAUAUUUGAACCUUAGAAGCCCGGUUCUUUUUACAGAAGCACACCAUUUAAUUACAAUAUUAUGUAUUUUUCUGAUUUUAAUGUAGUGUUCAGAGCAAAAGUAUAGUUAGAUAUAUUUUAUUGUAUUUUGAACCAACUGAAGUGUGGUAAUUAUUUGCAUUUACUGCAUACUUUUUUCUUAUUUUAAAAUCGCUAGCUUUAAUUUCUUCCAUGAAAAUAUGCCCAAAGUAGUUCUUAUACCUAAGGAUUGCAAAAUUACUUUUAUAAACAAAGUUUCUAAUUUCAUAUCUAAUUUUUUAAAGAAACCAAAAUUUAAAAAUCGCCACUACAAAUUUGAUAUCUAAUUUCGUUUUAAUAAUGUUUAAAGAACUAGGACAUGGUUGAAUAUCUUUUAAAUUUGUAUCCCCAAAAGAUUGUUUUUCUAAUGUCUGAAAUUAAUGAUGGAGUUUUUAAUGUUGCCUACAAACCUGCUUUAUAGGAUAUUUUGCUGUUCUUUCCAUUGGUUGACCAUUCAGGUGCUUGCUGGUUAUCAAAAUAGUGACUUGAAUAGUAGAACCUUAACUUCUACAUUCCUUAAGUUAUGAACCUGUAUCUAUUCAGGUAAAAAAGUUGGCCUAGUCUUAAUUCUCUUUACAUAUACACAAUAUAAAAUUAUGCCUUAAGUCUUGAACCAGAUACCAAUACUAUAAAAGUCAUAUAUAUAUAUAGAACAUAGAUAUUCUGUUUACCAACUGUGUUUUCUAAUCUCUGUUUUAUGUUGUUCCAUGUAGUGAUACUGUCUCAGGGUUCAGAAAAGUAAGAUCCUUUAUUUUUAUGAACUCUAUGUCUCCUUUUAUCAGACCUUAAGAGCUGUGUAACCCAUUAAGGGUCACAUUUAGCCUGGAUUGAUCAGAAGUUCACUAAUUGAUUUUCUGAUAAAUUGAAGUUACAUCACUUAGCCCGUUGUCCAGCACAAUUUUUAUUUCAGUCUCAUUCCCAGACGUUUCCUUCUCUCCUGCCUUUAGUCAAUAUUAUUCAGUUCCUCUGUACUUUUUAAAAAGGGUUUUAUUAUACUGACUUUUACUGUGUGCUAUUUGAAAUCCACUUUGGAAAUGGAUGCAAGAGUUAUUUAUUUACAUUUAAGUAAUUAAUUUUAAAAUUCUGAUUCAGUCUUACCAAAGGUGUCCAGAAAAUAGUUCUGCUGUUGUUGUUUACUCUGCUUGGUUGUUUCUUGUGACCAUAUAUUCAAGUUUUCUGUUUUUUAUAUUACCAGAACAGAAGAAACAUUAAAGUAUUUUUCUUUGGCAAUACUUUAGCUAUGAAAGAAUGAGAAAAUCUGUUUUGUUUAUUUUUGUAUGGACUAUAUGUAUAUGCAUUGCACAUUUUCUAAAUUAAAAGUCUCUUUUAGACAAUGAAAAAAUUAUGGAGAGUGAAAAAAAUUACAGCAACACAUAAUCUUAUUAUGCAGACAGAUCUUUAAAAUUUAUUGCAUUUCCCAAAUUUUUUCUAUACUUAUACACAUAAUUUAAUGAAAAUGGAAUCAUACUAUAAACCUCGUUUGAAAUUGCUUUCUUAAUUUGACAAUAUGCCAUAGUCAGCUUCUAUGACCACAACUAAUUAUUUGCACUAUAAUUUUAAUGACAUAUCUUUCCGUUAAUGCUUGUAUCAUAAUAUAAUAAUUUCUUCUUGAUAAACGUAUAGGUUGCUAGAUUGUUCCCUCUCUUUUUCUUUUCCCUCUAUCAUAAACAACUUGAAGAUAAAAACCCUUGCAAACUUAUAUAUGCUGAUGUAUAUAAUUUUCUUAAGAAAAUAUAUAAUUCAUUGGAAUUAAUGUUUAAGAGGACAGCAAUUUAAAAAAUUAUUUCAAUAAAUAUUACCCAAAUGCUGUUCAGAAACUUGUGCCACUUAACAUUUCCAUUAUGAGUGUCUAUGUUCAUUUUCCUGUACUCUAAGAAGAAGGGAUUUUAUUUAAGUAGUUCAAUUCAAGAUGAUAUGUAAAAACAAAAUAUUUCAUGGUUAUUUAUUUUAUUUUUUAUUACAUCAAAAGUUAAGCAGCAUUUCUUGUAUUUACUGGUCAUCUGCCAUAUUGUGAGCUAAUGUUUCAGGAUCUUAGCCUAUUUUCCUGUUGGGAUAUUUUUCAUUUAAAUGGAUUUGUUAAUUUCUUUACAUGUUAAGGACAAAAUUUUAAACUUUUCUUCCUUGAUACUCUUAUCUUGUUUCUAGUUUUGAGAAUCAUUCCAAAGUUAAAUUUUCAAAGUCAAAAGCUAAAUCUUUCAGUUUGAUGGCUUUAAUAUGUUUCAAAACACUUUGAACACCUCAAAUAUACAUACUCCCCAACCACAUACGUACAAUUCAUCUGUAUUAUCUUCUAUUACACUCAGAGUUUCAUAUUCUCAGUAUUUUCUAAACAAAACUUUUGUCCAUACAGUAGCUUAUCCACAGCCUAUAUUAAUAUUUUUGAAGUGUCUUUAAUUUUAUUAACAUGUUUUGGUAAAUACUGAUCCACUAAGAAUAUAUAUGAAAUCCAUAAGCCAACUCUAAUUCAUUGGCUCUUUGAAUCACUGUGUUGAGAAGUAUUUACCUCCAAAGGAGAGAGCUUUUAAGAAAAGGUGCUAGGCAACAUGACUGGGAAGUGUAGUAGGUGUGUCAAGCCUUGACAGCUCUUUCUGGAUAAUUCACUCUAUCAAAAUGUUCAAAUAUUUGAACAAUGUUUCAUAAUGCUUGUAAAUGGAUUAUCAAGAUAAUAUCAGGGAACUGAGUUAGUUCUCUUCUCACAUGCAAAAAGAAUUAAUAGAACAUAAUAUCAGAUGUUUAGAUGAAUUGUAGCUAUAGCUUCAUGACAAUAAUAUAUCAUUUUAGUAAAAUUGCUUAUUAUUAAUAUUUACCAUAAGAAAUGAUUGUCAGUUUACCAAAAGAUAUGAUCUUGUAGAUUUUCUUGAUUAUUUAAAUUUUACUCAUUCUAAAUUGUGUGUGUGUGUGUGAUACUAUCAAGUCAUCUUCGCAGUAGAGAUUCAUGAAUUCAAGAAACUUUAUUCUUUUUAUGUCCAAGUGCCUUGAUAAAUUAAAAAAAAAAACUUCGCUUUUCUGAUAAACAUUCCAGUAAAAGUUAAUUUAUACAGAGAUGCCUUGAGCCACUGCUUCUGUUCUCCCUUUUCUUUCCCCACACACAUUGUCGUUUGUUGUAUAGAUGCCUGCUUGCAUAUACAGCCAAUUGAAUAGAUAUAUGCCUUUUAAAUUUUUUAUUUUUAAAUUUUUAAAAGGAAAUUUAUAGUUAGUAAAAAUAAGCUUUUUAAAGUGGUGUAGGAUUGGUAUUUUCAUGUUCUUAGUAUUUUUAUAACUCCAUUGAGAAAAGCUCAAAUAAAAUCUAAUCCUUCAAUGAUGAAGACUUGUCUGAAAAUGAUUUUUAUUUAUUUAAUUUUUUCAUAUAUCUACUUUUCUAAAAUCAGUUUUUCUUAGGAAUAAACUAGAAACAACUUUCAUUUUUAAAUGAAAAUGGUCAUAUUUCAUGUUUUAAAAGACCAACUCCCAUAGGAACUAGUAACUCUUUUUUAAGUUACUCGUAAUGAUGGGACCAUGAUUGAAAAGCACCUCUAGUGUAGACCAAGACUUCAUGAGGAAUACGAGACUACUUUAAAGACACUUUUGAAUUUAAUUGUUAAAGUAAAAUUCAGCUAAUAUUUUGAGGAUUUAGAAUUAGCUUACUUGUAUUACAUUCAGAAAGUAUGCCUCAUAAUGUAAUUUUUAAAAGUAAUUAAUAAAACAGGUAGAAAAAAGAAUUCUUUUAAAUCUACAUUUUAGAAAGUAGAACAAAUUAAAUAUCCUCAGGAUAUUUUUGGUUUCAAGUAAUAGGAAAUCCAGCUGAUAGGAGAAAAGGAAAUUUUAUUUAACAAAAUAUUCAGAGUUAAGGUGUCUUCAGGUGAGGUAUAGCAGAAUGUCUGUGCCAGUUCUCCUGGGGAGUCUCCUGCUCUUCACUCUGUCUCAGCUUCAUCAUCAGGCAGGUUUUCAAGAUGCUUGCAGGAAUUCCUGUUACCACACUGAACACAGCAACACUCAGAAGGUGAUACCUUUCCUAGAAACCUUUAACAGCUUUCCCCCUCAGUUCUCAUUGUCCGUUAUUGUCGUACUUACCCGACAAGAGCUGCCACUAGAAUUGAGGAAGGAGUCAACUUUCCAAGUUCCUUGCAGAAUGGGCUUAUGCUAGGAAGAAACAAGAGUAGAAACGGCUGUAGGGUAUGCAUCUACUAAACCUUGGACAGUUUUCGUUAUUUAUAUCUAAUUUUUAAUUUCAGUAUUUACUAGAUAUUUCCUUUCUGCUUUUAACAUUUGCUUACAAAUAGUUCUUAAAAUUCAGUUUUCUCCCUACAAAUCAUUUUCAACACUUGAGUCAAACUGGUGAUUUUCCUCUACCUCAAGUUGUAUAACCAUAGGGAAUAAAUUGUGUGGUAUAUUCUGUAUAAAACUGAAUUCACUUUUGUUUGGUAGUGGGACUUGUGUUUUUACAAGCAAGGAGGUCUAAAUGAGGCAUCUACUGAAAAUUAUAACUGAAAACGUCAGAUUCACCUUACUCACCCCAAUGAGUUUCCACCAAAAAUAGUUAACAACAGAUUACAAAUGGUCAAGAAUGUUUUAAAAUAAAUCUACAUUUAAUAA